AUGCCGUCUGAGGGUCGAGAAUGCAUUUCAAUUCACAUUGGCCAAGCUGGUGCGCAAAUCGGAAAUGCCUACUGGGAACUGUAUUGCUUGGAACAUGGAAUCAGCAAAGAUGGAAGAAUAGUCAAGGAUCCAAACUCGGAAAAGAAAUCAGAUAAUCAGUUGAUGGUACUUUACUUAAGCUACUCACUAAUGCCUGAUUUACAGUCAAUAAGCACAUUCUUUACGGAAGCAUCAUCUGAGAAAUACGUUCCACGAGCGAUUUACGUUGACUUGGAACCAACUGUACUGGACGAAAUCCGUAACGGACCAUUCAAACAACUAUUUCAUCCAGAUCAGUUGAUCAGUGGCAAGGAAGAUGCAGCCAAUAAUUAUGCUCGAGGGCAUUACACGAUCGGUAAAGAACUCAUCGAUCAAGUGCUCGAAAAAAUCAGAAGACAGGUUCAGAUGGUUUAUUGCUUUGCAUUUCAUGAGAUGUGUAUCGACCCAGCUAUAUUUGCACAAUCCGAUGCAAAUUUCGGGCGAGAUUUUCAGACAGAACCAUGUAUGGGAUUACAAGGUUUUCUGGUAUUCCAUAGUUUUGGUGGAGGAACGGGCUCUGGAUUUUCAUCACUUCUCAUGGAACGUUUAUCUGUUGAGUACGGGAAGAAAUCCAAAUUGGAAUUCAGUAUCUAUCCAGCACCACAAGUAUCAACGGCAGUUGUUGAGCCAUACAAUUCAAUAUUGACAACGCACACAACACUCGAACAUUCGGAUUGUUCGUUUAUGGUCGAUAACGAGGCAAUUUACGAUAUUUGCAGACGGAAUCUUGAUAUUGAGCGUCCAUCAUAUGUGAAUCUGAAUCGUUUAAUAGCUCAAAUCGUCUCAUCAAUAACAGCUUCAUUGCGUUUUGAUGGAGCAUUAAACGUUGAUCUUGCCGAAUUCCAGACAAAUCUCGUACCAUACCCUCGAAUUCAUUUCCCAUUAGCAACUUAUGCACCAGUGAUCUCGUCCGAAAAGGCUUACCAUGAGCAACUAUCAGUGUGCGACAUAACGUCGAUGUGUUUCGAACCUCAGAAUCAAAUGGUUAAAUGUGAUCCUCGAAGAGGGAAGUACAUGGCGGUAUGUUUACUGUACCGAGGAGAUGUGGUUCCGAAAGAUGUGAACGCUGCAAUUGCGACAAUUAAAACGAAACGAGGAAUUCGAUUCGUUGAUUGGUGCCCAACAGGAUUUAAAGUCGGCAUAAACUAUCAGCCACCAACGUCGGUUACUGGAGGAGAUCUUGCGGAGGUGCAUCGAGCCGUAUGUAUGCUAUCAAAUACGACUGCAAUCGCCGAGGCUUGGGCACGUUUGAAUCAUAAAUUUGAUUUGAUGUAUUCGAAGAGGGCAUUCGUUCAUUGGUAUGUUGGCGAAGGUAUGGAAGAAGGAGAGUUUACAGAGGCUCGUGAAGAUUUGGCCGCACUUGAACGUGACUAUGAAGAGGUGCGACCGUUAAGAAAAAUUAUGCAUUUUUUGAGUGAACACAUGCAAACAAAAACAUUGAAGAGAUUAACAGAUUAUUGA